AUGGAGUCGCACGUCACCAUUGAUCGGGCAUAUUAUGAUGUCCUGGUGCGAAGGGCCCAGUUUAAUUCCGAAGCUUUUAAUCGCAGUCACGGCCAGGGUGUCACUCUCUCGCAGGCCGAAUAUGACAAUCUCAACCUUAUUGCCCGGCAGUAUGAAAACCUGAAGCGCAACUUGAUUCGCGGUGGAGUGGUCGAGGAGACUAUUUAUCUUCUCAGUCAAGAUGAUGCUACCAUCCAAGGAGAACACCAUCCCGAGACAUCGCAGCACCAGCCUGAGGCGACACACGAAAGUACUACUCAUGUAGACACGGCACCCACUCAACCAUCCUCUCCCGGCUUCGGCAAACCGAAAACAUUUACACCCAGACCUCAACAAGACGAGCGCCAGAACAGCUACAGCGGCUACAGUGGUCACAAUGAAGGUUAUCAGUAUGGAGGCCAAGGUGCUUGGGCAGAUGUUGAUGAAGCUGAGCCCGAUGAUGAGGAAUCAUGCUGCGACGAAGUCUAUUCCCCAGACGGCCCUGGUGUCCCUGAGGGAGUGAGCGAUGUCAAGCCGCAGACGAAGAAACAGCAAUUCGAUCGACAGUGCACCAGAACUGUGCAGCUCUGCAACCUAUCCGAGAGCACCACACACGCAGACAUUACAAACGCCGUUCGAGGCGGUAUGCUGUUGGACGUGUUUCUGCGCACCCAUGAUCGCUCCGCAACGGUAUCAUUCCUUCACGCUGCAGACGCUAGAAAGUUCUUCGAACACGUCCGCAAGAACGAUCUUUACAUCAAGAACAAGCGAGUUGACAUCAAGUGGUGUGACCGCCAAUUUGUACUGCCAGGCCAUAUUGCUGGAAAGAUAGCCCAGGGAGCCACCCGCAAUCUGGUCAUUCGCCGGUGCGGUUCCAAAGUCACCGAAGAAGGUAUUCGGGAGGAUCUUGACCACAUUCACAACGUUGCUGUUAUCAAAGUCGCACUCACGGGCGGAAAUUGUUACAUCAGUCUGAAUGCGGUUCACCUUGCCGUUUACGCCAAGACUUGCAUGAUGAGUCGUCAAAAGUACAAGGCGUUCAAGAUUGACUGGGACGUCGACGAGUGUGCUCAGCCCUAUGACCGACUGCCCGCCCCAAAGCAACCCAAGGAGGUCAGCCUGCCAAAGCCUGCCGCACCUGCCAACCGCUUCCAGCUCCUGAAUUUGGACGAUGAUGGCGAGGAUGAAAUUGCAGCAGCCUUUCAGUCGAAGAAACGGGUUGGCAUUGCUGUGUAG